AUGCAUAGUAUUCAUGCUUAUCGAAAAGUAUUAAUUGUAUGUACGGGUGCUGGUAUUGCACCCGCAUUACCAUAUAUCAAAGAUCCAUUACCUACAACUCAUACACAUAUUUUAUGGAUUGCUAAAAAACAUGAAGAGAAUUAUGGAGAAUAUGUUUGGAAAUUAGUCCAAAAAAUGCAUCUACAUUGUACUUUAUAUGAUACAUCAGUUAGUGGACGACCUGGUCCUCAAUUAGUAGAAGAACAUUUUUGGAAAACAAAUUCACAAGCUGUAUUUGUUGUAUCAAAUGAAAAAUUUACUAUUGAAGUGAUUAAUGCACUGUGGCGCAAAGAUAUUCCUUGUUUUGGAGCUUUGUUUGACUCUUAA